AGCCAUUUUGGCUCAAGCCACCGUGGCUCAGGACCGUUCUUGGUUCGAGGAGCUGCGCAGGCCACCUUCACCUUCGAUUUGUUUCGACAGUCCCGCGCAGGUCGGCGCAAUGGAGAAGGCGAUCCGUCGCAUCGGCAUAAUUUCUCGGUCUGUUCGAGGCCCAGUUAUCUGCGGUGCAGCAGCAAUGAGUAUGUCACGAGCGUCCUCCACAGAAUCAUCAGCGUUCUACAACCUGUCUGCAAAAAACAUCGAUGGUGACGAAGUUGCGUUUGAUCGUUUUCGUGGGAAGGUGGUACUAAUCGGCAACGUCGCUAGCAGAUGAGGCUUUACGCAGACCCAUUACAAAGAGCUGAUUCAGAUGAGCAAGGAUGCUGGCUCUGAGGGUCUAGUGAUUAUGGCAUUUCCAUGCAACCAGUUUGGAGGACAAGAGCCCGGUAGCAAUGCUGAUAUCAAAGCGUUCGCUACCAAGCUAGGCGUUCCCGACAAUGACAGCUUCAUGAUGAUGAACAAGGUUGAUGUUAACGGCCGUGGUACUCAUCCAGUUUACCAAUUCUUGAAGGCUGCCACCGCAGACAGCAGUGACAUCAAAUGGAAUUUCGCAUCGUAUUGGCUCGUCGACAGGUACGGCUCUGUACAGCGAUUAAAAGGUGCUGGCACGACGCCUAAGAAGUCUGCAGAGAAGGUGGCAGCUGCCCUGUCUGCCGAGUAAAAAGUUGGGUGCUGCCGGAGUGAUCUCACAUCCAGGCGAUUUGGGACAACAGGGUGCAGUUGGUUGACAUGCAUCGCAGUACAAUGACGUCAAGGUCAUGGGUAUCUUUCCAACCCAUCGCUUCUGGUGGAAAUUCCUGUAGCAUGUUGCCGGCAUGCCGUUGUCCUCAUCUUUUUCUACCUUGAAGAGCCAAUAGCCUUGGAUCUCGCAGGACAAAAGCAUGCGAACGGAGUCUCGUACAACAAAA